AGAGAGAGAGAGAGAGAGAGUUCAGCAUGGCCAUGCACAGGACAUCUCAGACAUUUGCUCCACCCAAAGAGGAUAUGCAUGUGGAGCCUGUAGAGGGGCUGAAACUAUCCAACCUGAAUCACAACUUUUUCCCUGUCCAGGGGUAAAGUCCUGUGCGUGUGUAUGAAAUCCCAUGGCAUUUUAAGAAUGCUUCAAAGAUGGCGGUUUGUGGUAACAGAGUGCAGAAAAGUGCAUGUUUGGAGGUGCUAGUACGAGAGCGAUGGCACGCAGUCCUGGCGAGUUUAAGCGACGCGUCGCUGACGCUCAGCUGCGAGGAGCCCGCGACCGACGCCAGCGUUAACCUGAACGGCAUCACCACCAACGGGUCCUACAGUGACCAGCCGGACCCCACCAGCAGUCCCAAAGCCGGAGUAAGGACUCCGUUCACGGAUUCACAAGUUCCCGAAGCGAUUGCGAACCGCAAAAGAUGUGUCAAAGUUAUCAAGCAGGAGGUCGGUGGAUUAGGGAUAAGCAUCAAAGGCGGGAAGGAGAACAAAAUGCCUAUUCUUAUUAGUAAAAUAUUCAAAGGUCUGGCUGCGGACCAGACUCAAGCGCUCUACGUGGGGGACGCGAUACUGUCCGUGAACGCGAUCGAUCUGAGGGACGCAACGCACGACGAGGCGGUGCAGGUGCUGAAGAAAGCGGGCAGAGAGGUUAUGCUGGAAGUGAAGUACAUGCGGGAAGCGACGCCAUAUGUGAAAAAAGGGUCACCGGUGUCUGAGAUCGGCUGGGAGACGCCGCCUCCUGAGUCCCCCCGUCUCGGCAGUCCUCACUUCGAUAUCCCCAGCCCCCCCUCACUGUCCUUACAGGGCGACCGCAGAUGCAUCCCCCUCAAAAUGUGCUACAUCACCCGUAGUAUGACCGUCCCUGACCCAGAAAACAGGCAGAUUGAGCUGCACUCCUCUGAUGCCAAGCACACAAUAGUCAUGAGACAUAAAGACACAUCUUCUGCCCAGACCUGGUUCACUCUCAUGCAAACUGCCAUCACAAACCUCACCAGCAAAGUCAUCUGUGAACUCCGGGAGCACGCGGGCCGCCACGGCAUCGCCGGGAGUCGAGAGAUCCGACACCUCGGAUGGCUAGCAGAAAAGAUGGAAAGUGAGAGACAGUGCUGGAAGCCGGUGCUGGUGAUGUUGACGGAGAAGGACCUGCUUCUGUUUGACAGUAUGCCACGCAUGAGAGAACACUGGCUCAGCCCGACACACACCUACCCUCUGCUCGCCACACGGCUGGUGCAUUCUGGUCCAGAUAAGGGCUCACCACAGCUUGGUGGCGAUCUUUGCUUUGCUACACGGACGGGAACCAGAUUGGGUAUCGAAGCCCAUCUUUUCAGAGCAGAGUCCUGCAAGGACUUGUCACUAUGGACCAGACACAUAGUCACUGGCUGCCACGCAGCUGCUGAGAUGAUCAAAGAAGUCACUACCAGUUGUAUGUAUCGGGGUCAGGACUGUCGGUUGGUCAUUCACUAUGAGCGAGGUUUCUCUGUCAUAGCAGAUGGAGAGGACAGCUCUGUGGCACAGCCUCUCUUCAGUUACCCAUUUGAAAAGCUGAAGAUGUCUGCUGACGAUGGAGUACGGAUCCUCUAUUUGGAUUUUGGCGGGAACGAGGGUGAAAUUCAACUGGACUUGCACUCCUGUCCCAAGCCCAUUGUUUUUAUCCUCCACUCCUUCCUGUCUGCUAAGAUUGCAAGAUUAGGAUUGGUAGCCUGAGAUUGAACUGUUAUAAACUGAAACAGUGAGGUGAUUUAUUCCAACAUGGAGAAGGGAAAACCGGAACGCAGUGGAGCUCACAAGACUGAACGAGGGCGAUGUAGCAAACCGGACCUCUGAAUGAUUUUAAUUACAUUUCAUUAAUGAUAAACAAUGUAUUUUUCAGAGAGAUAUUAAUUAUAGUGAAACACAAUUUCACAUAGAUUUUCUACGAAAAAAAAUCUAUAUAAUGAACACUAACUUGUGAUUGGAACUAAAAAAAAAAAUACUCAAGAGUAUUAAUUUAGAAUCCAAUACAGCAGAGUAUUCAGCACUUACAAUGCCAUUAACUUCUAUAUAACAGGAGGGAAGGCCGCCAUCUGUAUGACAGCUGUCUGAGUAAUUACAUCUGUCUGGCAGUUAAUGUGGAUUAAAGAAAGGCUAGUUUAAACCUUGUUAAUGCACAUAAAAGUUAAACGGCCUGAAAACAUUCAUCUCAUUUCUUUCUGGUGCUUUCACUCUGGAGAUGUGCGACACAGAUAGUUGAGCAGAAUCAACAAGAAUGUUCUAGAGUGCCGGUUAUCAAAGAGGCAUGUCAACAAACUGGCAGCUUACGCAAGGCCUUUGUGACAAAAGAGGAAAAUCGAGACAGGGUCGGCCCUCCCCUUCAGAACUGUAUCUGUUUCCACACAAAUGGAGUUUCGUCUCACUCAUAAAUCUGGAGCCCUGCUGUACUAACUUCUGACGUCCAAAAGAAGUCUUUAGUAACGCUGUCACAUUUGUGUCAUUGUUUUUAAUAUUCAUCAGAAGGGUGUUCUCCAUUCUUGCGUGAUGUGCUUGCAUGCAUGCUAGCACAAUAACUUUUGUUGAGGCUAAGAUUUGCUCUCAUUUGCCUGUGGUCAUAUUUAGCUUCACUGUGCAAACACACAAAGGCCAUUGAAGAACUUUGGAUGUCAGAUUAUAAAUUAGAGCACUUCAGAGUUUUCAAGUUAACCAGCAAUUAGUGUCCAUUGUCAGACACUGAGCGUUCCCAGAGCAUUGCUCCAUUGGAGGGGUUAUGGAUUUGGGGACAGCAGGGCCCCUGUGGCGCAGCCUUUGUCUCAUCUGUGAAACCGUCCCUGCCACAUUCCAGCGCACAUGACGGAUCCAGAAGUCACGGGGUGGAGAAUCAGAUUUCAAAUGAAAGUGAUAGUUCACUCAUCAUUUUCUCCCCCUCAACAUUGUUGUUCCAGAAUCAAUCAGAAUACGAGAUGCUUUGAAGAAUGAUUCUGUCCAAACUGUAGAAGUCAAUGGGGUCCAACAUUUUCAAGCUCCAAAUAGAACAUUAAAGGGUUAGUUCACCCAAAAAUUAAAAUUCUGUCAUCAAUUACUUAUGUUGUUCCAAAACCGUAAGACCUAGUUCAUCUUCAGAACACAAAUUAAGAUUUUUUUGAUGGAAUCUGAGAGCUCUCUGACCCUACAUACGUAGACAGAAAGGAUCCUCACAUGAUUAACAUCCAGAAACAUAGCAUGGAGGUCGGUAAAAUAAUCCAUGCGAAAUACCAAGCUACGAGAAUGAUGAGACCUAUUUCAACAAUUUGUCUCCUCUGCCUCACCAUACUCUCCAAAAUGGCACCAGGGUGAUGCGGAGUCAGGGUGAAUCUUUUGAUGAGACUAUUACGUUGUAUGAUGAACUGAUUGCAAUUUAGGUUUUUACUCACUCCUAUAAGAAUUUAAAACACUGAUUACAUCAGACUACAUCAGAUAUGGUAACAGAUUUUUAGACUUUCAAAAUGACAAAAACAUUGUUCAAAAUGUCUGGUAUUCAGCAGAAAGGUAAUGUAGGUUUGGAACAACAUGAGGGUGACUAAAGUGACAUUUUUGAGCUUAUAAUUUUUUUUUAAACAAAGAAAUGACAAAGGAUAUGUAGAGCAGCAAGUGCUACACACAUCUAGGUGUGGCAUAAGUUUGUACCCAUUCUUCUGUAUUUCACUUAGUUCUACUGUUUAGGAAUAAUGUUAUUCACACUUCCUCAUUUUCAGCUUAAGUUUCAGUAAAUGGUCACUGGGGAGGAAGUUUCAAGUUUCAAGAAAAUAACAGCAUAUUUUCAUAGUACAAUGAACUCUUCUGAAAAGUUCAAGGGAAAUUUUAUUCUUCAUGCUAUGAACCCUUUUAUAUCAAGACGUCAGCAUGGAGAACAAAGUGAGAUGCUUAAACACACUGUAGAAAACAAGUCCAAAGUUUAAUAGAGGUUACCCAUGCAGAUCAAAAUGCUGAUUUGGCUUGGGAAAAAUGAAGUAUCACAAUGUAUCAAUAAACUAAAACCUUGCUAAAAA